AUGUCGUUGCCGCGACCAGGACCAGCAGGAUACCCACAGCAAGCUCCCUGGCUGGCGCAGCCAGGACAUCGGAAUGGGGUGGCGGGAGGUGCAAGAGGUGAACACCAGGUCUACGACCACAAGUACAUCUUGGCAGAGGCGCAAAGGAAGAAACAGGAAGUCGACGGGGGACUGGCCAAGCAGCUAGCCCACAUCGACCUCAAGUACCAAGAAGAACGAGGCAACAUCCUGAAGCAGGCUGAGAGCCAUGCUCAGCUGGCAGAAAAGGAGGUGGCAGCGCAGGCAAAGGAACGCCACGCUCAGCUGCAGCGCCAAGAGGACAUUCAGGCUCAUGCGAUCGGGCACGAGGCAGACGCAGAGAAGGCUCGACUUGGACACGCGGCUGCCACGGCCAUCGCCGCCCACAUGGAGCAGCAAAAGGCUAGAGUGCACCAGGAAGCUCUUCGAGAAGCAGAAGACAUGUGGAGGGAAUCUCAGCGAGCUCUGCUGGAGAAGGCUCACAAGGCAAAGAUCGAGAUCGAGCUCACAGCCAAGAGGCGCACAGCGGACAUAGAGGAGCAGGUUCGGGAAGCUUUGUCGGUUGCUCAGACAUCAAUUGCCAAGCCUGUCGUGUCCAUGUGGCGGCCAAGUUCCUGUUCACAUGAGGACACAGGCUGCUGGGCCAAAGUCAGCGUCAGCCAGACCUGUGAACAUGCGCUGCCAAAGUGCAGACUGCAGAAGUCGUUGGACACGUGGGACAUUGAGUGCAAACAAGUGGGACCACCGCUGUCCGCAGAGCGCAAACGGUUUUCUCACUGCCUGGAGCCCGACGCUGGAAGUAGCAAUAGUGCAGUGCCCGAGGAGUUUCUUUUCAAUGUACUGCGUGAGAGUUUCUUUCGAAGGUCCGCUCCGGACUUGUCAGUGGAAGCCUUGGCUAAAGAAGAGGGCUGGUCGGCUCGGUUGGAGCUGAAGCCAUCCUUUUCCCGCCAGAUCGACACGCUGAAGCUGCAGCAGCAAGUCUACGGAGGAUCGGCGAGCGGCCUUGGAACAAGUCCGCAACCGCAUUUCCGCUCCCUCGCUGCUCCUGCGAUCGAGGCUGCUUUGGUCGCGAAGCGCUUGCUUGAAAAGCAGGGUCUGGGUGGACUCUACAAGGGCCUGCUAGGGCGCUUGAUUCAGACCAUUACCUCCAAUGUUGGAUUCUUUGUCUGGCAAACGGUCUUCGUCCAGCUCAGUCUGCGCCAGCUUCAAGUGCACGAACCGGGCUGCCAAAAGUUAGGAACAAUUGCCGCGCUGGUCGUCAACAUGCUGGCACAACAGUUCAACCGCAUCCUCACGACGCCGUUUGAUGUCGUUGCCAAUGUUAAUCAGGCAGAUCCAGCAUCCAGAGGCUUCUUCAGCACCUUCCUCCGGCUGGCUCGUACCGGCGGAGUUCAGGAGCUUUGGCGAGGGCUUCCCGUCGCGCUUUUGCUCUCUCUGAACCCUGCUCUGAUGUUUACCUUGGUCGGUAAGCUUUCGGAUCUCAUCAAGGUUUUGCGAGGUCACGGGACUUCCUCCCACUUGAGCUCAACAGACAUGUUUUGGAUUUCUGGAGUGUCGAAAGCUGUGGCCACACUUCUGACCUACCCACUGAUCCGGGCGAAGGCCGUCAUUCAGACAACGGGUGGAAAUCACUUGGGCUUGUGGGGGAUGCUCGCCCAGAUAGUAGGACAAAGCGGAUGGCUUGGUCUUUAUCAAGGUGUCUGGAUCAUGAGCUACAAGACAGUUCUCUUCAACUCCUUGAUGAUG